AUGUCUUUCAAUCGACUUGUUCGUUUUGAGGAAGAUGGGAAAACUCACUAUGGUGAUAUGAUCGACUCUAGUGAUGACAAGGGCUUCGAUGUCUUGGAGCUGGAUGGUAGCCCAUGGCUAGGUCUAAAAUCAACUGGUCGAAAGGUCAAAACUACGAAGCUUUUAUGCCCCAUUGAGGCCUGUCCCAUCAUUAUCUGUGUAGGGCUCAAUUACAAGCAACAUGCAGAGGAAGCAAAGUUGAAGGUGCCAACCUUUCCCGUUAUUUUUACGAAGCCUAGCGAUGCUUUGGCGGGGCCUUUGGACGAUAUCAAAGUGCAUUCAGACGCUCAGAUCCAACUGGACUACGAAGGAGAGCUCGCUCUAAAUUACGUAUUGGGAUACACAGCUGGGAACGACGUGUCUGCAAGGAACUUUCAAAUGCCAGAUGCUUCUGGUGGACAAUUUUGUUAUGCGAAAUCAUUUGACGGUUUUGCACCUGUGGGCCCCGCAAUCUGGUCAACCGAGUCGGUGCCAGAUCCCCAAAAGCUUCAUCUCACGACAAUUGUCAAUGGGGACGUGGUGCAAGAGACGAAUACAAGCACGACUUUGCGGAGGGGAACAGUGAUCAUGACAGGCACUCCCUCUGGGGUCGGUUACUUUCGAGGCGCCUUCCUCAAGGACGGUGACUUGGUAGAAGUAGGGAUCUCUGGACUGGGGAGACUCGCGAAUCGGAUCGUCUUUUGA